UAGUCACAACGAAUUCCUGUCGUUUAUUGUGAAUGGUAUUACAUAUGUCGUUUUUCGCCUGAAAUGCGACUAUGUUUAAAAUCUAUUACAUUUUUUGGUAUUAUGUAUGCCGUUUUUUAACGAGAAAUUCGACAGAAACAGUCGUAGAGAAUUUUUCAAGUGACAAGAUUAAAAAUUACAAAAACUGAAUAAAAAUAAUUAGAAAAAUGAAUAACAGCAAAACGAUAAAGAAAACGACACCAAAACAAUUUGAAGCUCUUGUGGAUUUUAUGUGUCAAAACCCAAAUAUAGCUAAAGGAUACCAUAAAAACACAGACAAGUUGUCCAUUAAAGAGCAGUGGAAUAAUUUGCAAAGGAAGCUGAAUAGUUUAGGCCCUCCCACACGUGAGGCUGAAGGUUGGAUGAAGGUAUGGGCAGAUAUGAAGAGCAGCGUUAAGAAGAAAAUCGUGCACAAUAAGAUGGAAAGCCGUGCAACUGGUGGAGGCAUUUUCAACCAGAAGUUGUUGACACCUUUGGAGGAGGCAGUAGCAGGACUACUGCAAAUCAAUUCUAUUGUAAGUCCAGAAUGCCCAUCCAUCGGUGUUCAAAGCUCGCCGGUAAACCUGAUUCAAGAAAUUUUGGAGGACGAAGUUGAUGGACACGUCAGCGAGGACAAUGUAGAAGUGGAUAUCCAACCCAAUACUUCCACUCGAAAAAGGAAGCAACGAACUGUGGACAAAAAUGUACUUCUGGAUCAACAGCUUAAAAUUCAGACAAGUUUAUAUGAAGAAGUAAAAAAGAGUUUGUCGGAAAUCGAGAGGUAUAGUCGCAAAAAUUAUAAAGUUCAAGAAGAACGAUUGAAAAUGGAAAAGGAAAAACUUAGGCUAUACAAAGAACAAAUUAGAAAUAAAGAAAACUAUAGGACCAACAUGUUGAAAUUGAGAACGGAAGAAAUAACCCUCAAACAACAAAAAAUUGAGAUAGAAAAAGCCAGAAUUCAAGAAUUCUUAUGAUUUGUGUGUUUUUAUGCAUAGUGCCAUUUUUUAUUUUGCUGUUAAGUUCCUAAUUGCCAUGGGUAUAGGAUACCUUUUGUGUUAUUUUUUAUAUUUUGUGUU